ACACAUUUGCCUGUCGGAUGAGAACGCGUUCAGAAGUUCAUCGGGUGUGAGCUUGCGUGAGCUUGCUAAAGUAAUUCCGAAUGGAUAAGAACUCAGACUGAACCUCUUGAAUUUCGACCAAAAAAUCAUCAGAAAUGUCUUACUUUACCUAUGCAUUGUGUCUGUGCUCGUUGUUCAUAUUGUUCACGCCUCUUGUAUCCGCAAAUCGUCGCAUUCGGCGACAAAAUCGAUCCGAUCGCCUGCUGGCUGACAUCGGAGUACGUGCCCAGUCCUACGAUCCCCGUGCGCCGGAAAAUGGCAUUCAGCAGUACACCGACAUCGACCAGGAUCUGCGCCACAUAUUCCUUAACACCAGGCAGACCACGCUGAGAUGGGCCCUCAACAACAUCGAGGCGCUGAGCAGUCGCGGUCGACGCGAGGGAAAGCUCCAGUCUCCGGUGUCCAAGAAGGUGCCCUUCCGGUGUCCCACGAACAACACACGGUCCCCGAGUCCGCCCACUUCCAUAGAACACCUCAGGCCGGGUGACAUCGAUAUCAUUGCUGCCUUCGGCGACUCCCUGUCCGCAGGCAACGGAAUUCUGUCCAAUAAUGCCAUCGACAUGAUCAACGAGUUUCGCGGCCUGACCUUCUCCGGCGGUGGACUUGCCAAUUGGCGAAGGUUCGUGACGCUGCCGAACAUCCUGAAGAUCUUCAAUCCCAAGCUGUACGGCUUCGCGGUGAGCAACAGCCUGGUGAUCAACCACCGAUCCUCGCGACUGAACAUCGCCGAGCCGAUGAUCAUGUCGCGGGAUCUGCCCUUCCAGGCUCGCGUGCUCAUCGAUCUGCUGCGACGCGAUCGCCAUGUGGACAUGAAGCGGCACUGGAAGCUGCUGACUGUGUAUGUGGGAAACAACGACAUCUGCUCCGACCUGUGCCACUGGGACACUCCGCAGAGCUUCCUCGACCAGCACGCCCGCGAUCUCCGCCAGGCAUUCCGCCUCCUGCGCGACCAUGUGCCGCGCCUGCUGAUCAACCUGAUUGUGGUGCCAAACAUACCGCUGGUGCUGAGCACCAUGACCCAGGUGCCGCUGCAGUGCUUCGUGGUGCACCGUGUGGGAUGCCACUGCCUGAUCAACGACCGCCUCAAUCGCACCGAGUUCAAUGAGCGCAUGGACACCCUGACCCGUUGGCAGCAGCUGGACAUGGAGAUCGCCCGGCUGCCCGAGUUUCAUCGCCAGGACUUUGCCAUCGUUGCGCAUCCAAUGCUGACCAAACUAACUGCUCCCGUACUGCCCGAUGGGAACACGGACUGGCGGUUCUUCUCCCACGACUGCUUCCACUUCAGCCAGCGCGGCCACGCGAUCAUCUCGAACCUGUUGUGGAACAGCAUGCUCCUGCCGGACGAACAGAAGCCGCGACCUUCGGUGGUGCCCGAGCUGUUCGAGCGGGUCGUUUGCCCCACUGCGGAGCAGCCCUACUUUGUGGUCAGGCCAAGUUGAGGGUCUCCCAAGAUCGGGAACGGGUUAAGUUACUUGGUUAAGCUGUCUGGUGACCCUUUUCUUGGCGGUACCGCAGUCUGGUGUGCACAGAGAAAAAUUGCUUUUUAUUCGCAUAUCAAAUUUAGUUGUCUAAGCACAAGGAGCAUCUUUCGUACGCAAAUCACUUGUUUGCGUGAAAAUGUUGGUCUCUAAAGUAUUCAUAAUAAAUUAUUAUUAUUUAUAACCAUAAUAUACAAACCCUGCCACUUCCACUUCCGCAAAUCGUAUGCGGAAUGCAUUGGAUUGUGCAAAGGCAACUAUUAGGAUUUUGUUCCAAACUUAAUAAUAUUUGAUCCUCGACCUUAGCAAAUAAAUAUAAAUAUAUUUGUUAAGCUGUCAGAAGCCCAUAAAGAUUA